AUGCCGUUGUUAUUGCUGUUAUUGAUCUUGCUGAACGAUAAGCCCAUCGUGUGCGAAAUGGAGCUCGCGUGUGCCGCAAAGACAAUUCCGGAAAAAGACUUUCCAGACGUCAAUUACUUGCUGCCACCCGAGGCACCACUAAAUAAAAAUCAAAACGCCGUUAAGCAAAUUCUUUGCCAAAAUGUACUAGAGCACUUGAGACCACCCCCACUCCUCCUUUUCCCUCCCCCCUCCUCUUCCCUGCCAGCCAAUCCUGAAAUACCUGAAGAGGGCGCAGGUAUCCCUGAGCUGCAGGAGUUCCAGCGGUAUCUCUCCGACUACCGCAUCGUCGUGUACCAGUACAGUAGCAAGGGGCGUGACAUGAUAUUUAAGGGCUCCACAGAGGGUCCCUCGUUAAAUUUAAUGUAUCACAAGGGGCACUAUAAUGUCCCAUAUAAUACUAAAAAAGAUCAUAGGUGUGGCGGCACCUGCCCGGCAUGCCAACAGUCCCCAGUAUAUCCCGAAGACAUUGCCGUUACCUGUUCCGAGUGUCAGCGUAGCUUCAGAGGCCGACAAUGCUACGACAAACAUAGGAGCCAGGGAUCAAUGGGAAAGAGCUCGGUUUGCGAGCAGAUUCGCCGUUGCCCCGACUGUCUCAAGGUGGUAAAAAAAGGCAGAACCCAUAUUUGCGGCGAAAUUUUUUGCAAGAUAUGCAACGUCCAUGUGCCGGCUGAUCAUCUGUGUUACAUGCAACCCAACACAGGGAAGCCUAAAACCGACGGCCUUCUCUUUGUAUUCUACGAUUUGGAGACCCGGCAAGAGAAGGCGCAAGAAGAUGGUUCCCUCCUGCAUGAACCAAAUCUCUGCGUUUUUAAGCAAUGCUGCGACACAUGCCUCAACACGCCACAGAAAAUUUGUAGUAAAUGCGGUGUUAGACUGCAGAUUUUAAGGUGCAACGACCCCAUUUCACCAUUCCUCCACCACCUCAUAACCAUGAGGAAAAAAUUCAAGCAGGUGGUGGUUAUGGCUCACAACGGGCAAGCCUUCGACCACCAGUUCUGCCUCAACUACAUCCUGACGCAGACGGACCUCACCCCCGAACUCAUCAUGCGAGGGACGAAAAUAAUUUCCAUGGUCAUGGAGAACGUAAAGUUCCUGGACAGUCUAAAUUAUUUCCCCAUGGCGCUGUCCAAGUUGCCCAAGGCUUUCGGCUUGGGUGAUAAUUUAAAGAAAGGCUAUUUCCCCCAUCUUUUCAACACUGCAGCCAACGCAAAUUACGUGGGUCCCCUACCAGCCGCCGAAUACUAUGACCCCGAUAAUAUGAAACCGGAAGAUCGCUCCAAGUUUCUCGAAUGGCACGAGGAACAUAAAAACGACGAGUUUAACAUGCAGCGCGAUCUCGUCGAAUAUUGUAUAUCAGACGUGGAGAUCCUAACGGCAGCAUGUCUCAAGUUCCGACAGCAGCUGAUGGAAACGGGAAACGUCUGCCCGUACACGGAAGCCUGCACCAUAGCCUCUGCCUGCAAUAAGGUGUAUAGGCGCAAUUUCCUACAGCCGAACACCAUCGGCAUCAUCCCCAAAGGCGGCUACAGAUGGCGCGACAAUCAAAGCAAGAUAGCUAUCCAAUGGCUUGUGUGGGAGGAACACCAGCGACAAAUAAACAUCCAACACGCCGCUAAACAGCAAGAAUCUCGAGUCGCUGGUGUAAAAGUCGAUGGGUAUGCCGCAGAGAGCAAUCAGGUGUUUGAGUUCCACGGCUGCUACUAUCACGGCUGCCCCGCGUGUUACAAGCACAAUCGAGACAUCCCCAUGCCUGAAGAUCCUUCUCAGACAUUAAACACUCGCUACGAAACCACCAUAGCAAAAACAUCAAGACUUCUAGGCCUUGGUUACGAGGUCGUUGAGAUGUGGGAAUGUGAGUUUAGGCGUAACCUUCAGAAGAACGACUACGAAAUCCGCAACUAUACCGAAAACCAUCCACUCGUAACCCUAACACCGCUAAACCCUAGAGAUGCUUUCUACGGAGGCCGUACAGGGAACACAGUCGAAUACUACAAGUGCGGUCCAGGGGAGAAAAUCAAAUACGUCGAUGUCUGUUCCCUCUACCCCUGGGUCUGCAAGUACGGCAAGUUCCCCAUAGGACAUCCAAAAGUUUAUGUGGGUGAGGAAUGCCCGACAGAUCUGAGCAUUGUUGACGGGGUAAUUAAAUGUAAGAUCCUCCCGCCCCAGAAUCUGUACCACCCUGUGCUCCCUACCAAGAUGAACAAUAAGCUGCUGGUUGUUCUCUGUCGCACCUGCGGAGAACAAAUGAAUAAAGGCGAGUGCCAGCAUAGCGACGAAGAACGAGCUCUGACAGGGACAUGGAUUGUCGACGAAGUUCAAAAGGCCGCUGAAAAAAGGUAUCGUCUGUUGGAGAUCCGCGAGAUAUGGUCUUAUCAAAUAGAUCAAUACGAUAAGGCUGCAAAGACUGGAGGUCUCUUCACCAGUAUGAUGAACAAGUUCGUCAAGGUAAACAGCAGGCGUCCGGUUGGCCCGCCCAUUGUACCACAUACGAGGAGAAGGAGCGUUACAUCGAGCAAUUUUUCGAGAGGGAAGAUGUUAAGUCGAGUUUGCGGAGAUCUUGGAGAACCCAGGGCUACGAGGGAGAACCAGCUCAAAACAUCCAUCGUAAGAAACCCCUCAGAAUUCUUCGGUAUGCUCACCAACCCCAGCAUCUACGUUAACUCGGCGCUCCCUAUCAACGAAGACACUCUCGUCGUCAAUUGGGAGCACAAGGAGGAGGCCUACGAUCCACUCACCACUGUAAAUGUCGUCAUUGCUGCUUAUGUUGCCACUCAAGCCCGUCUUAAGCUGUACAGUUACCUGGAGCAGCUGGGCGACAGGGUCUUGUAUUACGAUACGGACUCUGUCAUUUACAUGGCCAAAGAUGGAGAAUACGGCGUACCAACGGGUGAAUUCCUCGGCGACAUGACGGACGAACUGGAAGGAUACGGACACGGGAGCUAUAUCACAGAAUUUGUAAGCGGAGGGCCCAAGAACUACGCAUAUAAGGAUGUCUCUACCAGGGAUAACGAAGAGAAGGUGGUGUGUAAAGUUAAGGGUAUAUCCCUUAACUACACCACAUCACAGCUGAUAAAUUUCGAUACCAUAAAAGAUAUGGUGUUGGACACUUCCACCACCAGCCCGGUAUGCGUAGCCUCAAGAAACAUCUUGAGGACCAAGGAGCACGAGGUGAUAACCGUACAGCAAACCAAGCUAUAUAAACCUCUCUCCGUAAAGAGACAGUUCCUGGACGACCACAGCUCGGUGCCCUACGGAUGGAAAAGAUCUAAGCUUUAA